CGCACGCUCCCCAUCCCCUCCCUCGCCCCCGUUCUCUUCGCCCCUGCCGAGGAGGGUCGGGAGAGCGACCCAUGCCCGACAGGGCGACAUCCCCCGAUUCCCGACCCCGACCAGGCCUCCGCCGCCCGUGCCCACCCGCCGCCGCCGCCGUCGGAGCGCGAUCUCGAUCUCCUCCUCCGGAGUAGCCGCGGCCGGGGCUGCGCUCUUGUCGCCCCGCGUUCUCCUCCUGGAGAUCCACCCGGGAUUUGAUAAUAACUGGAGAGAACAAUAUGAUGGGAAAAAGAUGGGAGGACAUGGAUACUGAUGUCCUCGUGAAGAUAUUUAAGGAGCUAAACUUGGUUGAGCUGUCACCAGUAUCUCAAGUUUGUCGCUUAUGGCGUAUGGCCUGUGCAGAUCCACUUAUAUGGGGCACUCUUGACUUUGGGCUACUAAAAUCCAACUUCAUCCAAACAAGAGCAUCCCCAUACAUUUGGGUCGAUGAGAGGUCUGACAAGAGACUUGCAAAAAUAUUGCGGUUGGCUGUUGCAAUUAGCCUUGGAAAUGUUAAUUGUAUGAUAUUCCAUUACAAUUUGUACAUGAAAGAUGAACACCUGCAGUACAUCUCACAAAGGUUUCCUCACAUAAAAAGAUUGGUUAUGCCAGCAUGGAACCGCAUUACAAAAAUGGGAAUAUGCCUAGCCAUUCAAAGGUGGGAAAGGCUGGAGUCCUUAACUAUGCCUACAAUUGGCCAUCCUCCCUAUAUCAUGGAGGAGUUAUCCAGGAGAUGCAAGAACUUUAAAGAACUCAAGGUCAUGGGUUCAUUUGAUCACACAUUUGCUUUAGCAGUAUCCACCUACCUUCCAAAGCUGAAAGUCUUGAGCCUUCGUUGCUCAAAAGUGAGAAUGGAUGCCCUGCAAUGUGUACUGACGUCAAUGGAACAUCUUGAGGUUCUGAAUAUUUCCCACUGCCUUCUGUUUGAGAUCGCGGCAAAUGGGCGGAGGCAAGUGAUUCAUGAGCUAGAUGACAAAACUCUUGAGAGUGCUUCCCGGCUUCGGGAGUUUCACCACUGCCAGAGUAGACAAUGCGUUGCGUGCCAGCGGAUGCUGCAAGAUGACGGCAUCUUGCGGUGGUAUAGGUAUGAGGACUGGUUUUGGCGGCGGGACGAGGUGAGCUCGCUUGAUCUGAAAGAUUAUGGGAGGUUGUUUGGUGCACAGUGUGAGAUGUUGACCUCCGUGGAUUAGAUGCUAAUCAGGGAAUAAAACCAAUCUCCUAAGGUUGUUGGCCAGCCAGUCAAUCAUAAAUCGCAGGAAGCACAGAGAAGCUGUAACCUUAGAGAAAUAAUGAUACCAAUAACGCGCAUGCAGCAUGGUGGUGUGCGUAGCUUAUGUUGUAAAUGGAUGAUGAAUAGGCUGUCUCUUUGAAGGUUUUGCAUCUCUAUGGUGUCCAGAUUGUGUAACUCAGAACCAUAUGCUUUCAAGUGAUGUUUGCAUUGGACUUGGGACUGAUCGUAUUGCUUUUAUGCUCGGGCCAGAUGAUAGGAGUUCUAUGGAUGUGUAAUUUUCCUGUGAAAUUUCUGUGAAAGUUGAUGUGCUCCAAGGCUCCAAGCUGGUCCUAAA